AAGGCAUUUGAAUCUGACUCUGAUCUGAUCAGAUCUCUUAAACGAUCCUGACUCAAGAGACUGGAUACCAAAACUGACACCGUUUUAUGCAGACAAUGGCGUGUUUUAUUGUCGCGCUCGGUCAAAUCGUUUUAUUUGGAUUCAUCGCAGGAGCAAAAGGCAAAGCUUGUGACAUAUACGCUUCUGUCGGGGAGAGCGUGACUCUGUCUUUUGAUUAUGAAGGACUGACAAAGUCACAUUUUUUGAGAUGGACUCAUAACUCCACCAUUGUUUUCUUCAGAGCACAAAAUAGUGUGAAACCUGGAAAACCAGAAGACAUCACUCCAACUGGAUCUCUGCUGCUGAAGAGUGUAAAGCUGCAAAGUUCAGGAACUUAUCAAGCAAACGCCAUGUAUUCUAACGGUACCAUGGAUAAAACCUGGACUGCUCAGCUCUGUGUGAUGGAAAAUGUACCAAAACCUCGAGUCAAUUAUAGCUGCGGCACCAACGUCAUUAAGCUUAAUUGUGAAGUCUCCAUGUCAGAUGGUGUGUUUUUCUCCUGGACGCGAGAUAAAAAGCUCUUACCAAGUGAAACAAGACAAACUCUCAGCAUAUCACUGAGUGACUUAAAAGAAGACAUCGACUUUUCCUGCUCGGUGGCAAACAAAGUGAGUGCGAAGAGCAGCGACACAGUUCGGCCAACAUGCACAGCCCCAAUGGUUUACUUUAAAACCAAAACUGUUCUGGGAGUCCUGGCAGGAGGAGCAGGUUUGAUUUUUCUUUUGCUCGUCAUUAUUGUGGUCUUAUGCCGCUCACUCAGACGCGCCAAAUCUAGCAUGCAGCUCAGUGACAGAGUGGAGUUCAAGAAGCGAGAGGCGGAGUCCAUCCCAGAGUAUGAGAACAUACACAAUGUGGAGACUUAUUCAUCCCCAAGUCCACAGCCUUCACCAAGGGCCUGUUACCAGAAUAUCUCCAAGCUGGAUGUUGGGACUGACAGUAAGUCUCCACAGCUGUCCACAGCUACCGAGGGACAACAAGUGUCUCCUGUGCCGAAGCCGAGGACAAAGCAUGCCAAGACACAAAACAUCUGAGUUUAAAGGCCUCAGAUGUUUUGUGGUAUUGUGUGAAAAAGAAAGUGAGAAAAUGUUCUUGGAGAGACCGUGGGACUGUUUACAUUGAAAGAUUUCAGUUGUAAUAUGGUGUGAAGACUUUUUAUUGAACUAGUUUGAUUUUCUGAACUUCUCGUUCAAUAUUUCCUCUAAAAACUUACUUGUGGUGAAAAGCUGCCACCACCAUGUUUCACUGCAGCAUUGCUGGUGUGUUUGACUUUCUGGAUUACAGAUUUAUACUUUAUACGCACAGCAGCUGCAACACAAGAGAUCUUUGUGAGGAUCUGAAACUGGCUGGAUUAGCCGGAGAACUCAUGGAUCAAUUUCAUGUAAAUAAAAAUAAGGUACAUUAGAAGGGGUUCUGCUAUGACUGUAAUUUUUUCUGUAACUUAUAAUUUCUUUUAACUCUGAUUUGUUGAAUGAAAGUUUGUUUUGCACAA